CCCCCUCACCUCACGCUGUUUGCUCACUCCAUUCUCCCAGACUCUGCCUUCCACGCAAUCCCUGUGUGCUUGCUGUCAUCCAAAGCGCGACGCCGCUGACAUUACCCAUCUGAGGGCAGUAAGAGAGAACCUUUUUAGCCAGCAGAUCAGGCGUCCGUUAUGGCGGCACUGCUGCAGAGCAUUGAGGUGCCUGUCGCGUCGUUGAGGGCAGCGCAACCGCUGCUCAAGAAUCAACGGCUCUCGUCGCUUGCUAGCAUCUCCCUCCAGUCCUCCAAGCCAUUCCAACAACUGACUCUCAAAUCCCACGUUUCGACGACAAUUUCUCGAAAUUCCCGCCGAGUGGGUUGCCGGGCAGCAGCGGGCGAGAGCGGCGCGAAGAAGGCGAGUUUGAGCGAGCGGCGGCCGGAGGAGGUGAGCGUGGCGGUGGUGGGCCCCACGGGGUACAUCGGCAAGUUCGUCACGCGCGAGCUCAUCAAGCGCGGCUACAAGGUCACCGCAGUGGCGCGCGAGCGGAGCGGCAUCGGCGGAAAGAAGUCGGCGGAGGAGACAGCGCUCGAGCUGGAGGGCGCGACGGUGCUGUUCGCCGACGUGACGAGCGAGGAGGCGCUGACUCGCGCGCUGGACGGCACGCCCGUGGACGUGAUCGUCUCGUGUCUCGCCAGCCGCACCGGCGGCAUCAAGGACUCGUGGCUGAUCGACUACACGGCGACGAAGAACAGCCUGGAGGCCGGCAAGAAGGCCGGCGCCACGCACUUCGUGUUGCUCUCAGCUAUCUGCGUGCAGCGGCCGCUGCUGGAGUUCCAGCGCGCCAAGCUCAAGUUCGAGAACGAGCUGCAGGCCGACCCCGCCGUGACGCACAGCAUCGUGCGCCCCACCGCCUUCUUCAAGUCGCUCGGCGGCCAGGUGGAGAGUGUGAAGGGCGGCGGCCCGUACGUGAUGUUUGGCGACGGGCAGCUGUGCGCGUGCAAGCCCAUCAGCGAGGCGGACCUCGCCUCCUUCAUUGCGGACUGCGUGCAAGACCCAGGCAAGGCCAACAAGGUGUUGCCCAUUGGCGGGCCCGGGGAGGCGCUGACGCCGCUGCAGCAGGGGCAGAUGCUGUUCGAGGUGGUGGGAAAGGACCCCAAGUUCAUCAAGGUGCCCAUCGGCGUCAUGGACUUCGUGAUCGGCGUGCUGGACCUGCUGGCCAAGGCGUUCACGUCGCUGGAGGACGCGGCGGAGUUUGGCAAGAUCGGGCGGUACUACGCGGCAGAGAGCAUGCUGGUGUGGGACGAGCAGCGGCAGCGCUAUGAUGCGGACGCCACGCCGAGCUAUGGCAAGGACACGUUGAGGGAGUUCUUUGAGAAGGUGGUGCGGGACGGCAUGGAGGGGCAGGAGCUGGGCGACCAGGCCGUCUUCAAAUGAGGCGCGCCGAGGGGGAGGGAGAGGGGCGUUGCUGAGCCGGGUGACCAGGGUGCAUUCAGGGGUGUAGUGAAUAAUCAAGCAAUGCACACAAGCGUACUGUAGUUGAUGGGUUUCGGAAGCCAUAGCCAUAACUGCAUUCACAUGUGGGGUUGGGGUGCAGCUGCUUGGUGUGGUGGCGCGACAGGGACCUCCCAGUCCAGGCAGCAUCGGUGAAUCUAGGCUGGUGGGAACCCAGGAGUGUCCAGUGAGCGGCACCCCGUCCGCUACCUAUGAGAGCUACCUAUGAGAGCACGGCGUGUUGGGCUGCACCCUGCAGCUGCCACAUGCACUCAGUACGAGGGCUGGGAGAUAGCUGGCCCGGACACUGGGUGAGCCAUACAGUAUUCACAGCUGCCAUUUAGGUGGUGACACUUGUUGAAGCACUUGUGGCUUUUAGAAAAAUGG